AUGCUUAGUCGCUCAGUUUCUCGAGCAGUCCUCGGUAGAGGCACUGCCACUGUCGCCAAGAAUGCCUCCCUCAGACUCACAGCAAUGCGCGCGUAUGCGACAGUGCGAAACUCCCCUCUCUCCGAGAAGUUGUCGAUCAACGGUGAUAGACUAUGGCACGAUAUUCACUACACAGCCCAAUGGAGUGCACCGUCACCGGGAGGUGUGACUCGUCUUUGUGCAGACGAGAACGAUAAAAAAGUUCGCGAUUGGUUCCGAGAUCAGUUGCUUGAACUUGGGGCAGACUACAAGGUCAAUGCGACAGGAACACAAUUCGGCGUAUUCCCAGGCGAGGAUAACAGCAUCCCUCCCAUUGCCAUGGGUAGCCACUUGGACACUGUGGCAACCGGCGGCAAGUUCGACGGUCCCCUUGGUGUCAUCGGAGCCCUUGAGUGCAUGCGAAGCUUCAAGGAGCAAGGCAUCAAAACCCGUGCGCCAAUUGUUCUCAUCAACUGGACCAACGAAGAGGGAGCUCGCUUCUUCCCCCUACUAGGAUCCUCAGUCGUCUAUGCCGGUCGCUCGACGGUCGAGAAAGCACAUGCCGCUUCCUCCAAUGAUGCCUCUGAGUUGACUAUGGGCAGCGAACUCAAGAAGAUUGGAUACGUUGGUGAUGGACCCAACACUUUCAAGGAAUUCCCUAUUUCUGCACAUUUUGAGAUCCAUUGCGAGCAAAGUACCGAUCUUGAAAAGGCCGGCAAGCCUGUCGGCUGGGUCGAGGGUUGGCAGGGAAUGACCUGGUACGACGUCACCUUCCACGGUGAGAACGGCCACGCAAACACCUACCCUAUGUACGGCCGGAAAGACGCGUUGGUUGGCGCAUCCAAACUGGUCGUCGAACUUGAAAAGCUGGCUUAUGAGAAGGCCGGUGCAACCACUGUCACAGGUCUUCACAGCCGACCUUGGGGCGCAUGCAACAUUCAAUCCAAGUGCAAGAUCACCUUCUGCUUGAUGCACAAGGAAGCUGAGGGACUGGAGUCAAUGGGCGAAGAGAUCAUGAAGCGCGUCAAGAGCAUUGCUUCGCUACACGGUCUGGAAACCGAGACCGACAGAACCGUCCACUUACUGCCUGGCAACUUCUGGCCUGAAGCCAUUGACUGUGUCAGACUUGCCUGCGGUGACAAAGGUAUCGCUUCUCGGACAGGAACUGGUCACGACUCAACCAUGACGCAGCUGUUGUGCCCAACUGCUAUGGUGUUUGCACGAGCCAAGGAUGGUAUCAGCCACUCUCCGAAAGAGUGGACCGAUAAGGACGACUGUGCGGAAAGUGCCCUGGUAUUGGGCAAGUCGGUGUUGAACUUUGACGACUAUCUGAAGGCCAAGGAAGCCACAGCUUGAACGAAAUGGGAAAUGUAAAUAAAGAAACCGCGCGAUCGUAGGG